UUCACGUUAUUCGCACGGACUUGUUUGCUGCCGCUGCCGUCUGCUUGCCUGCUCGCUCGCAGUGCAAUACAUUUCCUUUUAACACGAAUUGUGUUUUCUGUAUCACAAUCAUGUCGUUCAAAUUUCUUCAAAGGCCAUCGUUUCUUCAUAAUGUAUCAUGCUUAGGAUUUACAAAUUGUCCUAGGGUUUACCAGUUUAUGAACUAUGGCCGAUUCCCUCCGUCAUUCGUAGAACCAGUUUAUCACCCUGAUAAAUUCAAUAAACUCAACUCUGAAGAAGUGAAAGAGCUUAUGCACAAAAAUGUUAAACCACCUACUACAAGUCAGAGUGCAUCUGUAUUUCAUGAUCCACAUUUGGAGAAGCUAGUCAAUUUCGUUAUGAAAAGUGGGAGGAAAGCAAAAGCAAGAGAAAUUAUAAAGGAGGCAUUUGAAAAGAUAAAAAGGGCCCAGGUGAGGAAAUAUCAUCUAGCCAAUGACUCUGCUAAGUUAAAAAUACCAACAAAUCCUCUGGAGAUCUUCCACCAAGCACUACAGAACUGCAAACCAGUUCUCACAGUAACACCUGUAAAGAGAGGUGGAGUAGUAUACAAGGUCCCUGUUGCUUUGGAUGACACAAAAGCAACAAGAAUGGCUUACAAGUGGUUAGUGGAAACUUCAAGAGAACAUGAGCCACGAAGAAAUCAUACUGGGGUCUUCUUCUCCGACAGGCUAGCUAAAGAACUCAUGGAUGCAUCUGAUAACACUGGUAAAACUAUCAAGAAAAAGGUUGAACUUCAUAAACUUUGUGAAGCAAAUAAGGCAUAUGCUCAUUACAGGUGGGGGAAAUAAUCUUAAUUUUUGUUUGUGCUGAUGAAUGUAAAUAAAAAUCCUUAGGUUA